AUGGAACAAGCUCGUCGAAAACUGACAUUAGAUAAUCCGGAAAACAUUAAACGUUCUCUUGAAUUGGCCGCAUACUUCACUCAUUGUCGACUAGAUCCAGCUCAUUUGCAACUUAGUCUUCGAUCCGCAAUGGGACUUAAUAAUCGUGUAAAGAAUUGUCUGAGUGCUUCUACAUUUGCUAGACGAUUAUUAGAAUUAGCACCACCAACUCAAGUGGCUACACAAGCCCGUCAAAUACAGUCUGUAUGUGACAGGACACCACGCGAUGAAAUAGCAUUCGAAUACGACCAAUAUAAUCCAUUUGUUGUGUGCGCUAUUUCAUAUAAACCAAUAUAUAAGGGAAGUCCAUCGGUCGAAUGCCCAUAUUGUCGCGCAUCGUAUCUUCCUGAACAUCGGGGCAGCCUUUGUGCAAUUUGUGAGAUAUCACAGAUUGGUGCGAAUGCAACAGGAUUAAAAAAUUUUAUGCAAUGA